CCCGGGAGGAACGAGCGUGGAGCCAGGCCAGUCCCUUUGGGAGAGCAGGCGCCGAGUGCAGCCGCUGCCGUCUCCGCCUCCACUUCCACCUCCACCUCCACCGCAGCUGCCUGGAGCAGGGACGCGGAGCUCGAAGCGCAGGCGAAGCAUCGGUCCCCGCCGUCUUCAACCCCCAAGGUUGGGGGUUGGAGGGCAGCCGGACCCAUGGCUGACUUCCCAUCCAAAGUCAGCACCCAGACCAGCACCCCGGUGCAGGGCGGCGCCGGUUCCUCGCUGCCUGGUAUAGGGGCUCUCCGGCCAGACCUCGGCUUCCUUCGCUCUGUAGUGGGCGCCCUGAUGGUCCUGGAGAUCGUGGUGGGUUUGCUGGUCUGGGCCCUGAUUGCAGACACCCCUUAUCACUACUACUCAAUCUAUGGCUGGGUGAUGUUUGUAGCAGUCUUCCUCUGGCUGGUGACAAUCAUCUUCUUCAUCAUCUACCUGUGGCGACUACAUUUGAAACUCUACAUGGUACCCUGGCCUUUGGUGCUAAUGAUAUUUAAUAUAAGUGCCACAAUUCUCUACAUUACUGGAUUCAUCACCAGUGCAGUUGCAGUUCAAAAAACAUCAAUAGCUGGUUCCUAUAUAUUCGACAAAAGGGCUGCUGCUUCUUUCUUUGCAUGUGUAGUGAUGAUCGCCUAUGGAGUGAGUGCUUUCUUCACCUUCCGAGCCUGGAAAGGAAUGGGCAGCAAUGCGGCCACUAGCCAGAUGGCUGGUGGCUAUUCCUAAAUCCAGCAAUGCCCAUGGACCACCUUGGUACUGAAGUCUACAUGCCAUCAUGUAGGGGCCUGGAUACCACUGGUCAACACCAGGAGGCUAUAACUAGCAGAAAACCAGCCCAGCUGUGACCAAAUUUGCUAUCCUCUGCUGAUGGAAUCUGUGCUCUCACUCCACUCCUAAUGGAACACAAUCCACCACCCUGGAUUGGCACAAUUGGCAUUUGUGAGCAGGGGCAGGGAAAAGUCCAAAGAAUGAAAGGGUCAAGGAUGUUAAACGACCUCACCAUCCCUUUAGUCAGGGAAGGCCACCUCUCAGGAAGUGGGGUUGUGGCCAUCCCUGCUUUGAACUUGUAAGGCUUCUGUUUCCAGGGCCAGGAAUUCAACCCCUUUUACCAGCAUUAAAUCUGCUAACAAAUAACACCUCAAAAUUUGUGAUCCUAUCAUGUAUACAAUGUAAAGGUAACUGUAGUAAUGGUAGUAGUCUCAUAGUUUUGUGAAAAGACUUCAGCUACUCAAAGUUGCUACAGGAAUUUCUCAAAUCUGCACCCAAAAGCUGGUCUCACCUCAAACAAAAAGCCAAAGUUGGAGUUAUACAGAGAGUAUCUAAGCAAUGUAAACUCUCCUUUUCUAUUUCAAUGGAAAAAGGAACAAACUGUCAUCUUUACUUUCAUAACAUCCAUGGCUAGUUAAGGGACAAAGGCAAAGAAAGGCCUAUAAGAUAUUAAAAAUAAAAAUAAACCCCAUUAAUAAGGCUACUAAAAUAAGAUAGUGCUUAGGUACUAGUUUAAGGUCUCACUAAUAUAUAGGUGGCAUCUCCAUGAGGAUUUUCACAUUUUAGAAGCUUGUAUUUAAUGGAAACGCUAUUUUUACCUGCUUCUCAAAGACACCUGCUGUCCAGUUAUUUCCUUAUACUUUAAAACAUCAUUUUCACCUAUACAUCCUCUUUGAAAAAGCUAAAUACCAAGACUGAUUUCCUUCCUGACACCACUGGCUGAGCCCAAAGGCUAUGGAUUUGGGGGUGGGUGACUCACAAGCUUGCCUGAUUGUUGGAUAAUACUGAUUUUGUUCUUUGUACAUAAAUAAAGACCUUGGAAACAUCUGUUUGGAA